AUGAAAGACACAUUUGAGACCAGUGCCAAUACCUACAACAAUUCUUCCUUCUGCCUUAGUACACCAUAUGGCUACCAACUUGAUCUAGACUUUGUUAAAUACGCGGGUGACAUUGAACAAACAAAAGACACCAUUCGGCGGCUUGGUUUUAACAGGCGGCCCAGGGCCAGUCCAGUCUCUGAAACACAGAGUAGGGUUGACCCUUCCCAGUGGGCCUCCUCUGAAUCUCUGUCCUCUCUGAGCAGUGAUGAAGCUCGGAAUGCCUCCGUCAGCACCUCUUCAUCCUCUUCUUCUGUCAACAGAAGGAGACCCCCGCUUCCACCCUCCUAUUCUUCACCUAAGUCCACCUCUGAGAGUCCUGAAUGUUCUCAAGCCUUACCUGUUUAUCACAAACCUUCAGAGGGUAAGCCUCCCCCAGCCACAUGUCAAUCUACUGCUUCUAAACUAAACCCUCUGGUGGAGAGAACCUUGGUAGAGACCCACAGGCGUUUGGAGCUAGAGAAAGCAUCAUCCCAGACAAUUCCUCCAGAGCUAUACCCACGGCGUAGGCUUGCCAGUUUUGGUGGCCUCAGCUCAAGUGGUACUCUGUCUCCUCAUACCAGCUGGAAUGCCCUUAAACCGACACAGACCCAGGCAGCAUCCAAGAGAUCAGUUCCUGAAAAGGUCAGUCAAGGUGCUUCCACAGUGAAUAGCUCUCUAAGAAUCAGUCCCUCGAGCUCUGGCCGUGCUACUCCAGUGACUAGUGUUAGUCCAUUGCAUCUCCAGCUGGUCAGGGACCAGAUGAUGGUGGCUCUGGAAAGGCUGAAAGAGCUAGAAGAACAAGUAAAGACCAUACCUGUUCUACAAGUAAAGAUCUCUGUCUUACAGGAAGAAAAGAGACAGUUAAUUGCUUUGGUGAAGCACCAGGGGAGUCAAAGUUUAGGUUCUAAUCUAGAUCUAGGGCUAUUCAGGAAACGGGCACAUAGCACAGGCAGUGCAGUGCAACUUCAGCAACAAAGUUCCAAGAAAGAGAAAGAUGAAGAGGACAAGAGAACAUCCUCUGAGGAGGUGGAAAAUCAGGAACAGGGCGCCCUGUCUGGCCUGGAGGAAUUCAAACAACUCAGUGCCGAAAUGCAGCUUCUUGAGAAGAAGAUCCAAGAUGCUCGCCUUGCAACACAACAGAUGUCAAAAACAAAAACUUUAGGUCAAAAAUCCGUGACCAUGGGUGUUGACAAGAACAUCAGCGAGGACUGUAAGCGUUCAGUAAGUUACUGCAGGGACAUUGCAGUAGAAACCAGACUUGAGACACGAUCAACAGCAGUCGGUGUUACUGAAGCUAUGCUAGGUGUGGUGUCUGAUACGGAGUUGGAACUUGAGAUGCAACAGCACACCAUCCAAGUUUUGAGUGAGAGGGUGCAAACGCUAGAGGCGGAGCUUAAAGAGGCCUUGCUUAAAGCAGAAAUGUGCAGACUGAAGAGUGAGCUAUGGGAAGCGGGAUCCCACAACCGUGCUGACAAGAGUUCUAGUGCACAACCGGAGAUGCAAAGCACUGCGGCCCAGACUAAAGUACAGACGCGGACACUUGGGGUUGGAAACCACACCCAACUUGUACAUGUCGCUGUAGGUGAAGGGGUAGUGCAAGCUUCUACUGCUGUAGGAGUGACAUGUAGGCCAGAGACAAGGGGUAUGGCCUCUGGUCCAGACAUACCCAUAGAUAUGUGGGAGGUGCAGAAGAGGAUAGAGAGGAAAGAUCAAUGUGUUGGAAAAGAGUAUGUGCCAACUUGCAGUCAAGGUGUUGGAACAGCCGUGAGUGUUCGUGAUAUUGGCAUGGUUACUAUGGAGUUGAUGGAAACACUGGACAAGAAGAAAGUACCUAGUCGAACAAUAGGCUGUGGUGAUUGCACUAUAGACGUGAAUGUCAAUGUGGUUAAACCACUUGUUUCCAAAGGUACGGUCACCGACCCAGUCAGAGGCAUUGACUUUGGUGUUAUAGUGACCCCACAAACCCUGUCCCAAUACACCAGUACAGCUGGCAACACUGUCUCUCGCUGCACCAGCACUUCACAGGUCUACAUUUCAGAAUCUAGCACCAAUACAACAAGCAUGCUUACUCGGGAAAGACAUACCAACACUGCUCAUGUAAUCACCCGAACACUUGCAAUUGGCGAUGGAAAAGUUAGUGAUCAAAGGACAGCUGUCAAAGUGCGUUCUAUUGCUGUCGGGACCACUGGUUUUAUGAAGGAACAUGCAGUCACUGCUGGUAUCCCCAAAGUGAUGACUCGUGACAUUGGCGUUGGAUUGGCUAACGUUAAUGAGAACUACUUGGUGGGACUCCGGACACGGAACAUUGCUUGUGGUCCUUCCCGCUUACCAGAUCCUAUCAAGACUCGGAGCAUAGCCAUUGAGGUUGGUGAUGGGAGAAUUCGGGACAUAGAUGGACACAUGCAGAUUCUGGCACACCCACUACAGCCACAUUUAUAUGCACAGUCUGAACCCGGACUGGAUCAUUACAUAGAUCGAAUGCAGGAGCUGCUAAAAGAGCAGCAGAGUCUGCUAACUGACAGUCAAUGUGAACAAAGAGAGGGGGUCACUCUUCAGCCCCAGGACCACAUAGAUGUGCAACAUGGAGUUCCUGGGAAAAGCUCUCCUUCAAAAGCUAAUGACCAUUCUGAGCAUAAAACAAAGAAUCCGAAGGGACAGUCUAAUGGACCUCCAGGUGAUGAUGGCUCCCUUAGAUCCAUCAUGAAGAGAAAGGACAUCAGCCAGAGAGCAGAGAGCAGAAAGACCCUCAAACCUCUGUGUCCUGGGUUUGAGCAAAUGUCCAUAAGUGAAGACUCCUCCUCUGAGGGUUUUGAUUCUGAGAAUGAGGAGAAGAGGAAGGGGAAGCAGGAGGAGAGUCCCAGGACCAGCACAAAGGCUUCUAAGAUGGCGAGAAGAGAGAGGUAUAAGAUGAGCGAAAAAAUGCUUUCCUUCUGCCACAAUUUAAAGACUCACCUAAAUGACAGCAAGGCUUUAUCCAACAGAGAGCUGCGCUCCAGCCUGAACAUGAUACAGCAAGAAUGGUUCCGCGUGUCCAGUCAGAAGAAGUCGUGCCCAGAUACAGUGGAGGACUUUCUGUGUGCGUGCCGCCGCGUGUCGCCCGCUGUGCUAACUCACGUGGCCAACAUGGCUGACCAGAAUGGCAACACAGCGCUCCACUACAGUGUGUCACAUUCUAACUUCAGGGUGGUGCAGAAGCUGCUGGACGCAGGUGUGUGUAACAUAGAUCAGCAGAAUAAGGCCGGAUACACUCCCAUCAUGUUGGCUGCUCUGGCUGCCGUGGAAACCCAAGAGGACAUGAAGGUGGUGGAGGGGCUGUUCAGGAAGGGAGACGUCAAUGCCAAAGCUAUCCAGGCUGGUCAGACUGCUCUCAUGCUGGCGGUCAGUCAUGGUCGUCUAGACAUGGUUAAAGUUCUCUUGACUUCAGGGUCAAAAGUCAACAUCCAGGAUGAUGAGGGUUCCACCGCACUCAUGUGUGCCAGUGAGCACGGCCACGCUGACAUAGUUAAGCUCCUACUGGCCCAGCCGGGCUGUGAUGCCACACUGAGUGACAAUGAUGACAGCACUGCUCUGUCUAUAGCUCUGGAGGCAGGCCACAAAGAUAUUGCCAUGCUGCUGUAUGCUCAUGUGAACUACGCAAAGGGCCAGCCUGUGGGAACGUCUCGAAGCAGAACACCACCUGCUCCAGCUGCAAGAGGCCUUUUUGAAUGAUUUUUUUUUUCUCUCCACUCAAUGCCCAGCACUACCCACCCAAUUUAGC